AUGGGUUUCCUGGAACUACAAUGUUGGAACGAUUUGCAACCGACAAGGAUACCUUCUAUCGAUAGUGCUAUAUUCUACAAUGUGGCCUGUUCCGAAUACUGGCUCCGUUUUCACCCUCGCGGUCGACAUCCACUGUUUCAACUGGUGUGCGCGAAAAUUGCCACAAUCGGGAGUCUGCCCAUGCUUCAGUGGGCUUUUGGUAGAGGAUUUCCGUUGGAGGGAACUUGCCCUGCUGCUGCGGCCGCUGGCCAUUUGCACAUUUUGAUAUGGGCCAUCGAGAAUGGCUGCAUUUGGGAUUUAUGGACCAGCAAUUUGGCCGCUAGAAAUGGACACUUGGAUCUUCUACAAUGGGGUAUGACCAAUGGUUCCCCAUGGGAUGAAGCAACAUGCUCUGAAGCGGCUGCAGGUGGCCAUUUGGAGAUCUUAAAAUGGGCGCGUCUGCAUGGCUGUCCGUGGGACACAAGGACCGCCCAAGCAGCUGCUAGAAAUGGCCACUCGGAGAUUCUGCAAUGGGCUCUGGACAAUGGCUGCCCAAUAUCUGAUGUUAGGCGAUUUUGGGAUCAUGGCGAGCAAUUGUGUAGUUCUGCUGCUGCAGGUGGACAUUUGGAGAUCUUGAAAUGGUUGAGAGCCCGUGGGUGUGCCUGGGAUGCCACUGUUUGUUCCCAGGCUGCCAGAAAUGGACAUUUCGAAACUUUAAUAUGGGCCCAUGAAAAUGGAUGCCAACACAACCAAUCAACGUGCUCGGGAGCUGCUGCAGGUGGGCAUCUUGCCAUUCUAAAAUGGGCUCACAGAAAUGGCUUCCCGUGGAAUUCAACAACAUGCUCGGAAGCUGCAGCAGGUGGUCAUUUUGAUGUUCUAAAGUAUGCCAGAGAGAAUGGCUGCCCAAUGGACGCCAGAACAAGCUUGGCAGCUGCUAGCAAUGGAGAUUGGGACUUGCUGAAAUGGGCUCACGAGAAUGGAUGCCCAUUGGAUGUCAACAUUUGUUCUCUUGCUGCGCAACAUGGGAACCUUGCAAUCCUCGAAUGGGCUUAUAAGAAUGGAUGCCGAUUGCAAUUCAACACAUGUUCUUUUGCAGCUCAAGGUGGACAUCUUGAUGUGCUCCAAUGGGCUCGUAAGCAUGGAUGCCAAUGGGGUCUAGGAACAUGCAGAGCAGUGGCAAUGUGCGGUCGACGGGAAGUGAUGAAGUGGGCCCAGCAGAAUGGCUGUCCUUGGCAGUGGCAUGAUUUUGUGGAAAGUGCUCGCAGAAGUGGCGCUGGAGAGGAUGUACGUCAAUGGGCUAAAGACGCUGGCUGUCCGGAGAGGUACUUGUCUUGA